AUGAACUCGUUCCCAAACCCUAUGCCUCCACAGUUCCAUCCAGGCCAGAUGCCGUUCGCUGGAGCACCCGGUGUCGCCAGCCAUCCCCAAGGCAUGCCGGGUGUACCCGGCGUUCCGGGGCUGCCGCAGGGCAUGGCGUCGGGUAUGCCGAUGUCCAUCGACCCCGUGCAGCAGCAACAGCUCUUCCUCGCACAGCAACAGCAACUCGCCGCUGCUCAGGCACGCGCACAGGCUUCAGCUGGCAAGAAGAAGCAGGGAAAGAAAGGGCCGCAGGCGCCUGCGCUCCCAAGGCAGAUGGCGCCGCCAGGCGCGGAUCACUUUGCCAAGAACGCGAUGGCGGCGGAGUCGAUCGAGCCGUGGGCGGAUGCGCUUGAUGAGCUCGACCCCCGCGAGCUCGCCAUGAGCCGCUUCCGUGCGCGCAACGAGGUCAUGGCUGAGAUCUUUGGCCCGGAGCGUGUCCAGACAAUACCGACCAAGGAGGCGGAUGCGUGGGCUGGCUUCUGGCCACCUGGCGAGAGUCUCGAGACCAAGGUCCAUGCACUCGAGACAGCCAACGCCGAGCUCGAGGCAAAGUUUGACUCGGAGAUCGAGGCGUUUCGGAAACGCCUGGAGGAGGCGGACGGCGGUGACGAGGCAGCCGCGACGGCUGUGGCCUCAGACGCGAGCUAG